ACCCUUCCGCUUUUGGCCCUGCUGCUGGUGUCCGCCGCGUCCUGGUCGCGUGUUGAAAAUGGCUGCAUCCGGCGACCCUGGCAGUGCUGAAAGUUACCGUUCUCCGCUGGCGGCCCGCUACGCCAGCCGCGAGAUGUGUUUCUUGUUCAGCGACAGGUACAAGUUCCAGACGUGGCGGCAGCUGUGGCUGUGGCUGGCGGAGGCCGAACAGACGCUGGGUUUGCCUAUCACAGAUGAACAAAUCCAGGAGAUGAAGUCGAACCUGAACAACAUUGACUUCCAGAUGGCAGCUGAGGAAGAGAAGCGCCUGCGGCACGACGUGAUGGCUCACGUGCACACGUUUGGCCACUGCUGUCCGAAAGCUGCGGGCAUUAUUCAUCUGGGCGCCACCUCCUGCUAUGUCGGAGACAAUACGGACCUGAUUAUUCUGAGAAAUGCAUUUGACCUACUUUUGCCAAAGCUUGCUAGAGUGAUCUCGAGGCUUGCCGACUUUGCUAAGGAUCGUGCUGAUCUGCCCACGUUAGGUUUCACACACUUUCAGCCUGCUCAGCUGACCACGGUUGGGAAACGAUGCUGCCUUUGGAUUCAAGAUCUCUGCAUGGAUCUCCAGAACUUGAAGCGUGUCCGGGAUGAGCUGCGCUUCCGAGGAGUAAAGGGCACCACUGGCACGCAGGCCAGCUUCCUGCAGCUCUUCGAGGGGGAUCACCAGAAGGUGGAGCAGCUGGACAAGAUGGUGACAGAAAAGGCAGGGUUUAAAAGAGCCUUCAUCAUCACAGGACAGACGUACACACGGAAAGUGGACAUCGAAGUGCUGUCUGUGCUGGCCAGCUUAGGAGCAUCGGUGCACAAGAUUUGCACUGACAUACGCCUGCUGGCAAACCUGAAGGAGAUGGAGGAGCCCUUUGAGAAACAGCAGAUUGGCUCCAGUGCGAUGCCGUACAAGCGGAACCCCAUGCGCUCCGAACGUUGCUGCAGCCUGGCCCGUCACCUGAUGGCCCUUACCAUGGACCCACUACAGACAGCGUCUGUGCAGUGGUUUGAACGUACUCUGGAUGACAGUGCCAACCGACGGAUCUGUUUGGCUGAAGCGUUUCUCACUGCAGAUACUAUAUUAAACACCCUACAGAACAUUUCUGAAGGAUUGGUGGUGUACCCCAAAGUAAUUGAACGGCGCAUUCGGCAAGAGCUGCCUUUCAUGGCCACAGAGAACAUCAUCAUGGCAAUGGUGAAAGCCGGGGGCAGCCGACAGGACUGCCAUGAGAAAAUUAGAGUGCUUUCCCAGCAGGCAGCUGCUGUGGUCAAGCAGGAAGGAGGUGACAAUGACCUUAUAGAGCGCAUCCGGGCAGAUGCCUACUUCAGCCCCAUCCACUCACAGCUGGAGCACUUGCUGGACCCCUCUUCUUUCACUGGCCGAGCACCCCAGCAGGUCCACAGAUUCCUGGAAGAGGAAGUGCGCCCCCUGCUAAAGCCCUAUGGGAAUGAGAUGGCGGUGAAAGCAGAGCUGUGUCUGUAGAGUAGGAGAGCUGAGGAGAACCCGGUUACAGUGAUUAGAGCUUGCUGAUUACAGUGUUAGAGUUACUACUGUGUUCUGCGGCACUCCUUUACACACUCAGGAGGCAGAGGCAGGCAGAUCUCUGAGUUCAAGGCCAGCCUGGUCUACAAAACAAGUUCCAGGACAGCCAGAGCUACACAGAGAAACCCUGUCUCAACAAACAAACAAACAGAGGCUGGGGACAUGGCACUGACUGCUCUUCCAAAGGUCCUGAGUUCAAAUCCCAGCAACCACAUGGUGGCUCACAACCAUCUGUAAUGAGAUCUGAUGCCCUCUUCUGGUGCAUGAAGACAGCUACAGUGUAUUCAUAUACAUAAAAUAAAUGAAUCUUUAAAAACAAACAAAAAGAAUGUACAUUAAGUUCUCUUGCUUGGGGUUCACAACAGAUAGCCGUGCUUUCUUGUUUUCUCCAGUCUUUUGUUGUUGAGACAGAGUCUCAAUGUGUAUCAUUGGCUGACCUGGAACACAGAAAUCUGCCUCAUCUCCCCAGUGGCAGGAUUAAAGGUGUGCUCCACCAUGCCUGGCUGUUUUAUAUUUUUUACAGCAACAUAAUCUUGCAGAAUAAUGUAGCUCAUACUUAUUUUCCAGAUGCCUUGAGUCUACAAUGUUUCCUCACUUACAGUGAGAUUGUGUCACCAUAAGGAAAUGAGUUCAGUUCACCUAUCAAACAUUGUUAUGUGCUCAUAACACUUGACAGUAACUUCUGGUCCAAGAUCCCCUAACAAACUGUAUUAGUAAUACAGUCAAAUGCCUAGUGUUGUUUACUGAGUCCUAUGCAGGUACACUUUGCCACACACUAGGCUAGACUCUUCCUGUAGUCCUUUUCAAGUAUUUACUUGAUUGUAAAGUAGCAAGAAAUUCCUGGAUUCAUGAGUCACAUCAUCAGAUCCCUUGAUUUCAAUUCUUUCUGCCCAGGUUAAAUAAUAUUUAACCUGACGUUUGUAGCUAAGGAUGGAUAUUGUUGGGUCCCUCAGGUGCCUAUUCCAUCUUUUACAGAGGUUGCCUUCUCAGGACAAUGCUAACUGGGUAAACUGAUUGCAUUAUGGAACCUCCCAGCCUCUUAGCCUUGUUAAGUAGAUAGGUAGCUAUUUGGACAAGCUAGUCAAAAGGUGAGUUAUGAAAAGACCAAGACCAGCCGGAAGAGGAACAUUCGCCUUGCCUUGGGCUGUGUAUUUUGGUGUGUUGGUGUGUGUGGAAUUGAAGGGCUGGCAAGAUGGCUCAACUAGUAAGGGCCUGUUGUGUUGGGGGUGGGGGGAAUCCACAAACUUGUUCUCUGACCUCCACCAAUAAUAGUGAAGUGGUUUAAGUGAGCAAAGCUGUUGUGGUAGCACAUAACCGCUAGAAGCUGCCCAAGCCUGCCGUGGUCACUUACACUAGGUGGCCCCAACCUUUGCUCCUAGUCCCCCGUCCCCUUCAGAAAGCCCAACUCUUUGGCCACCCCUGCCCGGCCAGAGCUCUGUAGAUCUCUGCAGAUGAGAGUCUGGUACACAGACCAACAUACACAGUUUCAGGGCAGUCCAGAGACUGCCACAAAACAGACAUGAAGAUUCUGUUGAUCAGAUUUUUAGUUGACAAGAACUAGGAGAAUUAAGCAACUUGGUAACAACUGAGAUUUCAUCUGGCAAGGAUAAAUGUAAACAAACCUUAAACUCCGUAGCAGCCAGGAAACAUGGUAGUAGUGUCCUGAAAGGUCACCUGAUAAUAUGCCACAUUCAGUAUUUGUUCAAUCUUGAUUGGAUCCAAAGAGAAACCUCUGACUUUAAGACUCCAGCAUCUUUUGAGGUCUUAGUGUAUGUGGACUUCUCCAUGCUGGCCUUGAAAUGUACCUCAGCCUCCAGGGUGUGGAGGUGACAGGUGUGCUGUUUGGUAGACUGAUCCAGCAAGAGUGACCUACAACCCCAACCUCUGUCUAGGAAGGAGCUAAAGACAAUGUUGUUGUCAGGAGUGUUUGUCUAAGUCUGUGCUCGUAGGUAUCCAGAAUCUCAACUUGUCUUAAUAUCCCAGCACUAAGGAGGCUGAGGCAGGAGGAUUGCCGUGGAGAUAAUUCCCACAGACUACAUAGUGUACAGAUUGAGAUAAUCAGUGUUUAAAAAAAAAAAAAAAUCUGUCUCAGUGGUACCAUGCUGACUUGGCCCUCCUUCAGUAAAGGAAUCCUGCAGC